CAAAGGCGUUCGUUCGUUGAAGCUUGACGAAAAAGAACUCACUUUAAAGCCUUCACUUUCCGAGCUGCACUUCGCUCCCCUUUUCUGUUUUGUCUUUUCUGAUUAAAUCUUCAUAAUCUGGAGCAUUUUCGGUCAUUAUUUCGGCUCCUCAAGAUGGUUUAUCCCUUUGAUUAUUUCCAGCAUCGUCGAGAUUGCAAAUUCAAGCAAACGGAACGUGCACAACGGAUACAAACUCUCACAAGCUACCAUGGCGCAUUCACAACACCUGAACGACAAAUUCUUGCAAAGCCAAUUAAGGAAUUGGUGCAAGAUGUUCACAAGCAGGUCAUCCAGCCUAUCGAUAUUCUGCGUACCUAUGGGAAAGCGGCACUGAAAGCACACGAGAAGACGAAUGCUGUGACGGAAGUCAUGAUUGAUGCUGCAGAAGUCUGGACGAAAGAUGGAAGCAUUAACUUUAAAGGACCACUUGCCGGGAUCCCAAUCAGUUUGAAAGACUCGAUUGUGGUUGGCGGAUUCGAUACCACGGUGGGAUAUAGUUGCAACGUUGGCAACAAGGGAGAGAAGGAUGGAACCAUGGUCCGGAUACUGAAGGAUGCUGGUGCGAUUCCUUAUGUCAAAACUAACUUGCCCGUUACAUUGCUCAGUUUUGAAUCCACGAACGAUGUCUGGGGUCGCUGCACGAAUCCGCAUAACAACAAGUAUUCGCCGGGAGGAUCAACAGGUGGUGAAGCUGCAUUGAUGGCUGCUGGUGGCGGAAGAAUUGGAAUUGGUUCAGAUGUUGCUGGCAGUGUCCGGGCCCCGGCUCAUUUCUCUGGUAUUUACAGCUUGAGGUGCUCAACAGGACGAUGGCCAAAGAAUGGUAUGGUUACUAGUAUGCCUGGGCAGGAAGGCAUCCCGAGCGUAUUCAGUCCAAUGACGAGGACCUUGGGGGAUCUUUCGUACUUCACGAAGUCGAUGAUCAGUAUGAAGCCUUGGAAGUACGACCACUCUGUCCAUCCAAUACCUUGGAGACCAGAUGUGGUGAAGGAGUACGAAGAGAAGAAGACGCUCAGAAUCGGUGUAUUGAGGACUGAUGGGGUAGUCGAUCCUAGUCCUGCCUGUGCCAGAGCUGUUGAUGAAGUUGUCACAGCUUUAAAGAAAGAAGGCCACGAGGUGGUUGACGUGGAACCACCAUCUCCUUAUGAAGCACUAUACAUUGCUUCCCAACUUCUCAAUGCAGAUGGCUGCAAGACUUUCAAGUCAUUCUUUAGAGCGGGAGAGUGGGAGGACCCUGGUGCGAAACAGAUGAGCUGGCUCAUGUCUCUGCCCAGCCCUAUCAAGUACGUCUAUUAUCUCUGGGUCAAAUAUAUUCGGAGAGAUGAGGUAUGGGCUGGGCUCAUCAAAGACUGGAAGCCGAAGUCUGCUUACGAACAAUGGAAAUUUGUUACAAAGAGGGAAGCAUACAAGGCAAAGUUUCAUGAUUGGUGGGAGCAAGAAGCAAAGAUCGAUAUUAUGAUCACGCCUCCGAAUGCUACUCCUGCUGUACCUCAUGAUGGUAUGAAAGAUGCCGUAAGUAGCUGUGGCUACACCUUCCUCUUUAACCUUCUCGACUAUACAUGUGGGAUCAUGCCAAUCACACACGUCGACAAAACACUUGAUCAACUUCCUUCGGAAUUUGACUUCAAGAAGUUAAAUGGCGUAGCUCAAGGAGCAUACAAGCUGUACGAUGCGAUAGCUAUGCAUGGGCUUCCGGUCGCGGUACAGGUAGUGGGGCAACGCUUAGAAGAGGAGAAAAUCCUAGCUGUCAUGCAGAGGAUAGAGGAUGCACUGGGCGAUGACAAAUAUCAAUUGAUGGAGAUCGAUUAAGGAAAUAUGCAAAGCUGGGGCGUAUGGGACACAAGUAGGUCUCAUAGCAAAAGUCGUUUUUAGAUAAUGCCUAAGGAGUCCUGGCUCUCUCAUUACGUGUGAAAUGCCUUCCCCCUAUCUCGCUUCUUGCCAACCUAGUUUGGGGGUAUCUGAUGUCCAAUCACUUUCAGCCGAUUGCGGAAGGGGUUAUAUCACCCACGUUUCCGGACUUAUCUUGCAUCGUCAAG